AUGGGGCUCCGGCGAGGAAGCAGCGGCGGCCGGUGGCCGGCCACCGCCGCCAUGGUCGUCGUGGUGCUGUGUGCUGGCUGCUGCAUUGCGGCGGCCGGAGGAGGGGGAGGGGAGUGUCCCAAGUACAAGGACUCGAAGCAGCCGAUGAACAAGCGGAUCGACGACCUGCUCCGGCGGAUGACGCUGGCGGAGAAGAUCGGCCAGAUGUCGCAGAUCGAGCGCGAGAACGCCACCUUCGACGUCAUGCGCAACUACUUCAUAGGGAGCGUGCUGAGCGGCGGCGGCAGCGUGCCGUCGGCGCAGGCGUCGCCGGCGGCGUGGGUGACGAUGGUGAACGAGAUGCAGCGCGGCGCCAUGUCGACGCGGCUGGGGAUCCCGAUGAUCUACGGCAUCGACGCCGUCCACGGCCACGGCAACGUCUACAGGGCCACCAUCUUCCCCCACAACGUCGGCCUCGGCUGCACCCGGGACCCGGAGCUGGCGAGGAGGAUCGGCGCGGCGGUGGCGGCGGAGGUGCGGGCGACGGGGAUCCCCUACGUCUUCGCGCCAUGCGUGGCGGUGUGCCGGGACCCGAGGUGGGGGCGGUGCUACGAGAGCUUCAGCGAGGACCCCGCGGUGGUGCAGCGGAUGUCCGCCGUCGUCUCGGGCUUCCAGGGCGAGAUCCCCGCCGGCGGCCGCCGCGGCGUGCCGUUCGUCGAGGAGCAGCGGCGGCGGCCCAGCGUGGCGGCGUGCGCCAAGCACUACGUCGGCGACGGCGGCACGACCCGCGGCGUAAACGAGAACAACACGGUGGCGACGCUCCGGGAGCUGCUCACCGUGCACAUGCCGCCGUACUACAGCGCCGUCGUGCAGGGCGUCUCCACCGUGAUGGUCUCCUUCUCCAGCUGGAAUGGCGUCAAGAUGCACGCCAACCACUUCCUCAUCACCGAUUUCCUCAAGUCCAAGCUCCAUUUCAGGGGCUUCAUUAUCUCGGAUUGGCAAGGGCUUGAUAGGAUCACGACCCCUGCACAUGCAGACUACAUGCUGUCCAUCAAGCUCGGGAUCAUGGCCGGCAUUGACAUGGUGAUGAUCCCGUUCACGUACACGGAGUUCAUCAGCGACCUGACGACGCUGGUGCAGAACGGCACGAUUCCGAUGAGCCGGAUCGACGACGCCGUCCGCCGGAUCCUCCGCGUCAAGUUCACCAUGGGCCUCUUCGAGAACCCCUACGCCGACCUCAGCCACGCCGGCGAGCUGGGCAAGCAGGAGCACCGCGACCUCGCCAGGGAGGCCGUGCGCAAGACCCUCGUCCUGCUCAAGAACGGCAACCCCGGCGACGCGCCGCUGCUGCCGCUGCCGAAGAAGGCCCGCUCCGUCCUCGUCGCCGGCAGCCACGCCCACAACCUCGGCAACCAGUGCGGCGGCUGGACCAUCACCUGGCAGGGCCUCAGCGGGAACAACCUCACCGCCGGCACCACCAUCCUCGACGGCAUCAGGCGCGCCGUCGACCCGGGCACGGAGGUGGUCUUCUCCGAGAGCCCCGACGCCGGCUUCCUGCGGCGGAACACGGGCCGCUUCGACUACGCCGUGGUCGUCGUCGGCGAGCCGCCGUACGCCGAGACGUUCGGCGACAACCUGAACCUGACCAUCCCGGAGCCCGGGCCGACCGUGAUCCAGACCGUCUGCGGCGGCGGCGUGCGGUGCGUGGUGGUGCUCGUCUCCGGGCGGCCGCUGGUGGUCGAGCCGUACAUGGACGCCAUCGACGCGCUGGUGGCGGCGUGGCUGCCGGGCACGGAGGGGCAGGGCGUCAGCGACGUGCUCUUCGGCGACCACGCGUUCACCGGGAAGCUGGCGCGGACGUGGUUCCGGUCGCCGGAGCAGCUGCCGAUGAACGUCGGCGACCCGCACUACGACCCGCUCUUCCCCUUCGGCUUCGGCCUCGAGACACGCCCCUACAAUUAACGCUUAAUUAAUUACUACUUAACCCCUUCACUAAUCAGGGGUUAGGCGCGGCUAAUCUCGACCGGCUAAUCACGUUGCUCGAUUAAAUUGGAUGGUUAGUUACCAUAUUUCUGCUGUAGCAAGUAGCAAGUAGCAUGAGUUAUCAGGCCUCCGGAAUAAAAAAUAAUUAAUUUACUUGCAGUAAAAUUUUUGUCCAA